AUGAAUGUGACAGAAAAAAAACACAGAGGAGGAAAAGUUCGGUUAAAAAUGGCGGAGGGCGCGACGUCUCUGAAAGGAUUGCGAGCACAAAUGGCUGCAGCCGCACAGGCGCAAGCUGAGGAGCGACGCAGCCUAGCCGGAAACAGCCCAGCACCAAAUACAGCCAGUACUGCAAAGAGCCAUGCUAAACCAGUGAUUGAUGGAGCAGCACUUAGGAUAGACGACAAACUCAGAGUCGCCAAAGAAAGAAGAGAAGAACAGGAAAAGCAACAAGCGGUACGUGGCUCUCAGAUUUUGGAGCGAGAGCGUAAGGCCAAGCUGCAGGUAGAGAAGCAGAUGGAGGAGCGACAGAGGAAGCUGGAAGAGCAGCGCAGGAAAGAGGAGCAGAGGCGAGCUGCAGUAGAGGAGAAGAGGAAACAGAAGCAAGAGGAGGAGAAGGAACAUUAUGAGGCAGUGUUGCGGCGUACAUUGGAGCGCAGUCAGAAAGUGGAUCAGAGACAGAAGAGAUGGUCCUGGGGUGGUCUGAGUGAUGCAGAGAACAAAAAUGGUGAAAGUGUGAGUGACCCCGUUUCCUCCCCAGUCACUGUAGUAAUCUCCCCAGCCUCUCCAGUCUCCAAGCCUCCCCGGAGCCGAACUUCACAAGAUAAGCGCUCCUCCUCCACCACAAACCUAAAGCAGCCAGCCGACUUGGCCGUCAGCAAGCGCCUGUCUUCCUCUGCCGCACUGCUCAACUCCCCGGACAAAAGUGGAAAGCGGAGGAGUUCAUCUUUGAACCGGUUGCCUAGCAAUGCCCCUCAGGCUUCUAAGGAAGCGCAUAAGCAGCCUCAGGUGGAACAGACAGGCCCUGCCCCGAAGAAACGGAGCUCCUCCCUCUCCCGGGUGGGAAAUGGAGCUUCAUCCAUUGGUGUACCAGAGAAACAUGCACCCAUUGAACCAGCCCAACGCUCCUUGGCCAGUCAGGUGGACAGCAGUGUCCUCAGUCGGCUCCUCACCCCCACCCAGGCAUCUCUAGCUAGGAGCAAGAGCGUGGCGGCCCUGUCAGCUCAAGGAACAGAUGAGCAAGAGUCUCACCUGUGUCCUCGCUCAGUGUCAGCCAGCCCACUGCAGCCAUCCACUCGUGGCCCCCUGCGGAGUCGCAGCACUGACCGGCAGAAAAACACCGCUGCCUCUACCUCUGCCUCUACCUCUGCCUCAUCUGAUUCCCUCUCCACCAUUGCACAGAAAUCCGAGAAGAGCAAACGCUUUACUUCACCAUCAGAAAAGCGCAGUCCUUCCCCUUCCACCAUAUCCACCCGCAACCGUUCCCCCUCCCCCAGCCCCUCCAGUGGUAUCAGGAGAGCACCAUCACCUGGAACAGCCAAGCAGACCCCUCAUAAUCGGCCACUCUCUCCUGUCGGGUUAAAGCAGAGGCCUCCAUCUCCUCAGCCCAGCAGUACCUCCAAACCUCCACCUAUUCAAAAGCCUGCUCUUACCCCUACUGGUCCUCCUAUUCUUCGGAAAAGAGAGUCCAAACCCAAAGAUGCAUCUCCAAUGACUCCAACAUCACAACCUCAAGAAACCAACACUGCUAGCCCGGCCGCCAGCUCCAAGCCCAAAGAUGAUUCCAGUUUAAAAUCUACAGCCGGUACAAACUCUGCUGCUGAGGCUGCUAAGAUCCUGGCAGAGAACAGACGAUUGGCCCGUGAGCAGAAAGAGAGAGAGGAGCAGCUCCGAGUGCAGAAAGAGGAAGAGGAAAGGCUGAGAAAAGAGGAGGAGAAGCGGCUGGCCGAGGAGGAGAGAGUGAGGCGUCUGGAGGAGGAAAAGAUUCAGGCAGAGGAAAGGAAGAAAGAAGAGGAGGAGCAAGCUCUGAAAGCAGAGGAGGAGAGGCAGAGGUUGGAGUUGGAGGAAGAACAGAGACGUGCUGAGCUACAGAAAGAACGUGAGGAGGCGGACGCAAAGGCCCUAGAGGAGGCAGAGAAACAGCGUCAGGAAAGAGAGAGAGUCAUGCAGCAGAGUCAGCAGGAGCGCAUGGAGAGGAAGAAGAGAAUUGAGGAAAUUAUGAAGAGAACCAGAAAAACAGACCAAAAUGAUUUUAAGGGCAGUGAUGACAAAAGCAUUCCAGAUGAGAACGGGGAAGAGCUUGACGAUCCAAUAGACUGUGAAACCAUGGAGGACCAAUGUGUCCAAUUAGAGCAAACUGCAGAGACAAACCAGGAGCAGUCCUCAACAGAUGACCAGAAGGCAAAUGAGGAGCCAUUUGUUAAUGUGAACGGACAGAUCGUCGUGGACGAUAAAGAAAAUAACAACGGUCCCAGUGCAGCAGAGCCUUUACCAAUCAGUAAUUCAUGUUCAAAGACACGUGUGCUGGAGGACUCCGAGUUCGUGAACGAGGACUGUAAGGUGGAGCUGAACGGGAAAGCUGGUUCCUGGAGCUUCGAAGAAUUCAUAGAUCUGGGAGUUCACACUAAAGGCCGGCCGCUCAUGGAGCCUGGGGCCCUCCUCAACCAGGGACUUAUAGAGUGUGAAAUAGGACCUGAGGGGCCCAGAGUAGCCUUUGAAGAUAAAUCUGGAUCAGUAAAUUCCCUUCAUUCAGCUCAGGCUAUUGAAGCCAUUUCUGAAAUCUGAUCCAACGCCUUUGACCAAGGACUGACGCUAAUUGCACUCUAUGACGUCCUGUUGAGUUCCAAAGCUUCGUGUGCGCACCUUGACAGCCAGACUAACUAAACUCAAGAGUCUCAGAGGAAGUUUAAAGCUCUGCAGCUCAGAAUAAAGUAAAAUAAGUAAAAACAGAAAAGGAUUAAUGCUUCAGGGAAAAUGUAUUCUCAUACUGUACUUUCUUCUCAUGUUUGUCCUCGCUUUGGUUGUCAUUUUGUCCUGAAUGUUGCUUUGAUCUUUUUUUUUUUUUUUUUUAUGUGGGGCAACUCAAGUUGUGUAGCUUUGGAUUUUAUGACUGUUGCCCUCAUAUUUUGUUCUUGUUGCUGAUGUGUUUUUGGACCCAAAUCAUUUUCAACUGAAUCUCUGUGCACUCAUGAAUAGUUUUAUUUUGAAACUAGAUGUUCCCAGAAGGUUAGAUGUCCUUUACAGAAAUAAGAUGUUAAUGUGAAGUGAGGAGAGUAGAAACGUCCUGCAGCCAUCAUAGACGUGUCACUAUAAUACUGGACUAGAACCGUAAUUGGUGCUCAGAAAUGUGAACCAAAUCAGAAAUCUUCAAACAGGCUGCAUUUGCUCCCACCUGCUUGAGGUGAGUCCGACCUUUCCUGUCUAAAUUCCUUUAACUUCUAGCGCUUACAGUACAAAUCUUCAUUUUAGCUGCAGCGCUCUGCCCGCAUUUCUUUUGUUCAGCUGUCUGUUGCUAGUUUUCACUAGUCAGUUGUAAAGCUCUGUAUAAAGUUUGUAGAUAGCUAAUAUUGGUCAGGUAAUUUCAGGAGGAAAGUGAGGGCUGAACUGAAAACUGAACAGAAACCUUUUCCAGUUCAUUUGGGUUUUGAAGGAUUUUUCUGAAUGAUGUUAACGUUGUAAGUUUAAGGUAUAGAGAUUUGGUUCUGUGUACAUAAAUGUAAACAUGUUACUUUUUCAUCACGACUGGUUUAAGGUUUAAGGGUGUCUUGUAACUACAAUGUAACUUGAAGGAUCAGCAUGAAACUGAUAUUUAUCAUAAUUAUCGGACACCUGAAUUACUGUAAGAUCAGAUCUGCACGGCUUUGUUGUUCCUCUUAGAUGUUCUGAUUUCUGAAAACCUGAAUGGUAAGAAGUGUUUUUUAGGCCUGACGUUCCAUCAGGGUAAUUUUUUGUACUUUAUCCACCCAGUACUCAGUUACAUGCUUACCAGCCCCUUUUUAUGCCUUGCUUCUUAACUUGGCGGUUUUACUAUUUAAAAUGUUCUGUUUGUUUAAGUAUUAUGUACAUGAUCAGUAUUUAACUGUUACUCACUGUUACUAGCUCGUGGUCAGAGGUUUAGAUGAGGAGAAAUUUAGAUUUACCUGCUGCUACUUAACAGCAUCUAAUCUUUCUCUUGAUGGCAUGACUGAGCCCUCGUCUCUGCUUCGACUUUGUGUUGUGCAAAACGGACGAUGAAGAUGAACGGCAUACAGACGUGUAGGAAAGUUUUAUUUGUGGCGAGAUGCUUUAUCAUUGUGGUCAGGUUGUAUUGAACAGAUUGGCUUGCAUUAAUUGCAAGAAAUGAAACACAUGGACCAAGUGUGAGUUUAGGAGUGUGAUCAGAUGUGAAGAUGGCUUGUGCUCAGGACUUAAAGAUAAACGCUACAUGUUUUUCAUAGUGCUGCUUUUGUAGUCAACAUUUCAAGUAAAACUUGAAUAGCACAUGCUUGAAUUGUCCACUUUAGAGAGUCAUGGGUCAAGAAGUCCACCCUGGACAUGUGUUGCCUUCGUCAUACACUAGAUUACUUAAAUUACAGAGUGUAUUGUAAACUAAAUGAAUACUUUAGUGCCUCACCUUUCCUAUCUACACUCCUUCCAAUUUAGGCAAGGAUCAUUACUUGAAAGCUGAAUUUUUUGGCUUCCUGUUGAAAUUAAGAAGCAUUUGUCUAGUGAGACAAUUUGUACUGCAAAGCUUCAGGUUGAGACCCCAAAACUGUCCACGAUUUUAGUGGUGACACUAAGCUGACACUCAAACUAUUGUAUUACUAUAUACAGAAGAUCUGCUUUUACCAUCUAGCAGCAUCACUUGGCUUAAAUAAACCUUAAACCCUAAAGUGCUUAGAGUUCUGCAGUUGCUAUUGGAGUCACGGUCAGUCAGCAGCUAGUUGUAAGCAUGACCAGGUCACAGCAGUGUAUUGCUGCACAUUUAUUUAGGACCUUGUAAACCUUUUUAUGUUUGGACUUCGGAGCUGUUCUCUAGCUUACAAUACUUACCAUGGUGGUAGAAUAGAAAGGUGCCUUAGAUUUAAAAGAUGUUAUAUUUAUUUUACUAUAUUAACUACUAAAUAUUACGUCGGCAUUCCUCAGGCAUGACAAUCAUUUUACUUGGCCAGAACCCGAAUGAAUUGGUGUUUGUUUGUUUUUUCUUCAUUUUAAAACAGACUUGACAAUAAAUAUGUGUAAAUAAUCCACAAGUGUAAUGAAAUAAAAAUAUGAACCCUUAAAAUAAAGUUUUGCAAGAUUAAUGUA